AUGACGUUGCUCUUCAGUGUGAAUAUUUUAGUGUUAUCAGUGGCAAAAUAUCAGUAUCAAGAUUAUAGCAUCACUAGUGCCAGGAUCCUAUUAGUAUCGAGACUCCAGCAUCACCAGUAUCGAAAUAAUAGCAGUGUCAAGAUUAUAGCAGCAGUAGUAUCGGUAUACUGUUGGUACCAAGACCCUAGCGUCAUCAGUAUCAAGAUUAUAGGAUCACUGAUGUCAAGGGCGGUGACGGAUCCGAGGGACGGUAGGAGAGUGGCCUUGAAGAAACUGCCGAACGUCUUUCAGAGCCUCGUGAGCAGCAAACGGGUCUUCAGGGAGCUGAAGAUGCUCUGCUUCUUCAAACACGGAAACGUCCUCUCAGCCCUGGACAUCCUUCAGCCACCGCACCUGGACUUCUUCCAAGAAAUAUACGUGAUCACCGAGCUGCUGCAGAGCGAUCUGCACAAGAUCAUCGUCAGCCCUCAGCAUCUCAGCCCCGACCACAUCAAGGUCUUCCUGUACCAGAUCCUUCGAGGUCUCAAGUACCUUCACUCAGCCAGAAUCCUGCACAGGGACAUUAAACCAGGGAACCUACUCGUAAACAGCAACUGCGUACUGAAGAUCUGCGACUUUGGUCUUGCACGAGUGGAAGAACCGGACCAGAACAAACACAUGACCCAGGAAGUGGUGACGCAGUAUUAUCGUGCACCGGAAAUCCUGAUGGGAGCGCGGCAUUACACCGCUGCUGUAGACGUCUGGAGCGUCGGUUGCAUUUUCGGCGAGCUUCUGCGUCGGCGGAUCCUCUUCCAGGCACAAAGUCCUGUGCAACAGCUGGAACUGAUCACGGAAUUGCUGGGCACGCCAACCCUCGAGGAUAUGAGGUACGCGUGCGAGGGUGCGAGAUCCCACAUGCUGAGGCGCGCACCAAAGCCACCCUCGUUGACGGCCCUCUACACCCUCAGCAGCCAGGCGACGCACGAGGCCGUCCAUUUGCUCUGCCAGAUGCUAGUCUUCGAUCCUGACAAGAGGAUCACCGUGGUGGAUGCACUGGCGCAUCCUUAUCUGGACGAGGGUAGACUCAGAUAUCACUCGUGCAUGUGCACGUGUUGCUACACGACCGGAGGCGGCAUGAGAGUGUACACGGGGGACUUCGAGCCAGCCACGUCUCAUCCGUUCGACGAUCUUUGGGAACGGAAGCUCACCACCGUGCAGCAGGUGAAAGAGGAAAUGCACAAAUUUAUAGCGGAACAGCUGAACACGUCGCGCGUGCCGCUCUGCAUAAAUCCGCAGUCAGCGGCGUUCAAGAGCUUCGCAAGCUCCACGGUGGCUCAUCCCUCGGAAUUGCCACCCUCUCCUCACCAAUGGGAAUAAAAUGUCUCCUCCGAAAUCGCGAACACGACGGACGACGAGUAUUCGCUUCACGCGAAGAAAUCGCACGGUGGAAUAAUCGACAGCCUGAAGAAGAGUGUGAAACGGAUGAGAAAAGACGACGGAAGUGGGAUGUGUACAGGCUGGAAUGGAAUAGAGAACGCCGCCUUGGAACCGGGACAAGCACGAAGGAUAGCGAAUUCGGAGGAAAAGGACGAAGAAGAUGAUGAUGAUGAUGAAGAGCCAAGAGAGACAAUAGACUGCCGAGCACUGAAGCCUCAAUUUUCGACUAGCUGAUAUAUAUAUACAUAGACACGUGUAUGUAUAUAGAUAUCUAUAAAUAUAUAUUAUACAUACCGCUGUAUACAUAUGAGAGAGAGAGAGAGAGAGAGAGGGAGAGCCUAGGGAGAAGAAUAUAAACAUGCACACAUGCACACGCAGAGAGAGAGAGAGAAAGACGACAGAUAGGAAAAGAGAGAGAGACGCCACGAGAAGACGUGAAGGAUAUGAAGAGGGGAAGAAGAUUGCGGAUGGAAGGAUCAGUUUCGAGGGAUUCUACUUUUCGAGGAAGAACAAGAGGAGACGACGAAGAAGAUGAAGAAGAAGAGCGGAGGAGAACGUACACGUAGUUUGUAAGGGAGAGUCGAAAAGACGGGCCAGUCUUCUUUUAUUUUCUUUUCUUUUUUUAGAUUUUACACGCUUCUAUCGUAUGUAUAUGUACACACACAAUGAAACACACACACGAUAAUACACAUACUCGUAAGAAACACGCUGUGGCAUGUUUGUAACGAUCGAUUAGAAAACAGAAAAAAAUCAGGGGUGAAAGGUGGCCAUGAUUGAUAAACGAAUAUAACUUGUAACUAACUAACUAUUCUGUAUUAUACUUAAACCACGGUUCCUCCACCGGCGUGAUCGAAGCGUUACAGAGUACCCUGCGAGUACUCCAGUUUACAUUGUACCUGCUGAAGCGGAACAACGAGAGAAAGAGAGAGAGAGAGAGAGAGAAGCGUCGGUUUUCUCGAGUGGAGAAAGCAUCUCGAGAGAGAUCGUCGAUGGAGGAGAGUGAGAGAGAGGGAGCUUGCCAGAGAGCCGUGUGUGUGUGCGUGCGUGUUGUAAAAUGGAUCAAAUGUGAUC